UCUUCUAGUCCUCCCAUUAGUUUAUUCCCGUCACCCCUGCACCACGCAGCGCAGUCGCUUUUCUCUCACUAGAAAGACCUCGAUUAACCAACAAUGGUGGCCAAGGAGGUUGCUACGGCUCCAAUUGAGCCUGCCGCCGGAGAUGGCGGCGAAUCACCGGAGGCGAACCCUCUUGCUAUUGUCCCCAGCCAAGAUCCGCCGAUGCCGCGGCGGAUGUCGGCGGAGAGCACGAGGAGAGAGGAGGUGGAAUCGAAGAUAUCGGCGUGGGAAGAUGAGGAGAUCGCCAGAAUCACGAACAGGUUCCGGAGGCAGAAGGCCAUCAUCGAUGGCUGGGAAGUAGAGCAGGUGGAUAGGGCGAAUGCUUGGCUGAAGAGGGUUGAGAGGAAGCUGGAGGAGAAGAGAGCGAAGGCAUUAGAGAAAAUGCAGAAUGAGGUGGCUAUUGCACGGCAGAAGGCAGAAGAAAGGAGAGCAGAAUCAGAAGCUAAGAGGGAAGAGAGGCUUGGAAAGGUGAUUGAGAUUGCGAGGGUGAUGAAAAUUUUCGGGAGGGAUCCUUCGAAGCGAUCCUUUUUCAAGCCAUAGGUGACACAUCCUACUUGUUUUAAAGUUUUAUUGUAUUAUUUUAUGUUAGUUGGAUAACAAGCAUGAAAUGCUUGUAUAAUUGUAAUUAAUUUGCUUUUGUUUUGAAUCGUAUGAUCUUUGGGAACAUUUUGUUGAAUAAAUUUUUAUUACUGUUUAGAAUAU